UUCGGUCACAUCUUUUGUCAUUUAAGUGAUUUUUUUCGUUCCUUCAGUAAAGUGUAGCAAAUCUGGUACUGAAUUUGCCUGGAGACUUGAGUUGUCCUUCCCUCGCUAGGACCUCCCUCUCCGCCGAAUGCGUAAGACAAAGUUUUCAUGGAUCGCAGUCUGGAUUCCAUUGGCAGCUGUUCACUCGAUGUAGACGCCGACUCCUCAGAUAUAUCAGACACUAGUGGAAGCUUAAACUUUCCCACGCCGCUUUCAGUGAAAGACGUCACCCGCGAGUUCACCGAGAACCUCCGGGAGCGCUGUGUUCUCCGCUCGCCCCAUCAGCCACAGCACACGACCCCCGCCUACGCUGAACCCGCGUCAACGGGGCUGGUGCGCAUGGUUCUGACGCCCGUAGUCGUGGAGUCCUCCCGAGAGUCUGUCACUGAUGUGGCUGUGGAGGAAACCUCUAAAAAUUCAUCGGAAGCUGGCAAAUCCGAAAAGAAGCCUAGCUAUUUAAAUCUGGCCUGCUGCGUGAACGGUUACUCGAAUCUGACUACCUAUGACUCCAAGAUCCGCCAGGAUAUAAACAAGUCCCGCGAGGUUUCGCCGAUCAGACCGUCCACCAGUAGUCUGCAGUACUGCAAGCGCAGCCAGUCCUUAACGGCUCCUGUCCUGCACAGCAUGCCCUCUCCAGCUAAUAAGUGUAAACCAGCGGAAACCAACAACAGCAGCAACGGACACAUCGUCGUGGGCAAUGGAUCGGAUCCCGGCCACGCCAAUGGAAACGGUAGCUUUAUAAAGCAGCGUGUGGAGCGACUUUACGGGCCCGGUGCCUUAGCUCAGGGCUUCUAUAGCCCAAAGAAGCACGGCCAGUCCCCAUCGCCAGCAGCGGGGCAGUUGGAAAUGCAGCAGCUCGGUGUCGAAUCUCCACAGGGCUCAGAAUUGGCUCGAAAAUUCAAGCAGCUUUCACCUAGUAAAGACUACGGGGAGUUCCGAAAAAAACUGCACAAUAACUUCUCACAGAGUGGAGUGGCGCGGUUGGCCGAAACUUCACCUCCUUCGGGAAACGGCGGAGAAGUGGACUUGCCAGUUUUUAGGCACCUAAGUCACGAAUUUAGAGCUCAGCUGCCCACGGUAUCUCCCAAAAGGGGUGUCCACCGAUCCCCGAACGCUCCUCAGUCGCAGCUCAUUAAUGACGAGUCGCAGCCAAGGAAAGGUUUAGCUCCUAUUGAUGUUGUCGACCACGAGUCUCCGAAAAUUGUGCAGUUGACCUCAGAGGAAUACGUCAGCACUACCAAAAUUGUCCUUUCAUCAGGUAUAAAGGACGGAAAUCACUUUCUUAAACUAUUAAAAGAGGAACAAAUUCGUCUACUGGCGCUGGCAGCCCUCGCUGAUAAAUACACAGACGCCCUCUAUGCAACUCCGGAUAUCACAGAGGACACCUUUGGGCUACUGCGAUCAGCUUCUGGAAAGGCCCGUCUUUUGGUGUCCCAGAAAAUGAAACAAUUUGAGGGCCUAUGCCACAACAAUCUUAAUCGUUCGCCGGAGGAUGCGUUUCCAACAACAGUUGACGAUUUACAAGGAUUCUGGGACAUGGUUUAUUUGCAGGUGAAACACGUUGAUUCAAUAUUUGCCGAUAUUGAGCUGCUCAAAGCAAACAACUGGAAGCGUGCUGCUGAACCAGUUAAGGUUGAGUCAGUACCAAAUAGAUCUACCAAACCCGCAAAGAUUGCAGCUAUUCAAGCAAAAACUUCUGGAAAAAACAAUAACAUUAAUGUAAAUGGAUCAAAAGCUUCUCCGCCUAAUUCGGCCAUGGUUUUAAAGCGCGAAGCUCAGAGAAAACAAUUACUGGAGAUGAAACGUCAGCGUCGUGAAGCAAUGGCCGCUGCGGCAAAAUCAAAUCAAAAUAAUAUCGAUGGCUCCACAGAUGUACAAAAAAUAAUCGGCAAUAAUUCUGGCGUUAACAACAAAAGCUAAAAAGUGCUCACUCUGAAUAGCAAUAUAUGCUCUCUAGUUAAAACACUAUUUUUAAUUAACGAUCACUCACAAACGGAAUCCACAGAAACAUACUCGUACACUUCUACAUUAAAAACCAUUAAUAUGCUUAGAAACUCCUAGUUGAAUUAAUACUUAACUAGUCCCAACUUAAAUUCACGUGGUGGAACUCCUAAAUUUAUCUUUAUUAUAGAGUUAAAAUCUGUCACAAGGUGUCACAAAUCUAAAAGAUAACCCGAAAAAGAAAAUUAUGCUAUAAAUAGAAAACAAAAAAAGAGAAUUUUGUGUCGCCGAAAAUUGUUAUAGAGAAUGCCUUAUCUGCGUGAGAUUUUGCUCGUUAUUCAAUUCGCUGUGCACUCUAAGUAAUUACAAAUUUUUAUAAUUACUUGGUUACAUUUAUAAAAGACAUUUAUUUUUGCGUAGUAAUAUUUAAGUACAAACACCAAGAAAACAUUUGUAUUACAUAAAUUGAACUUUUUAUAUUAUUUUUGUGAAAGUACCAAACUUAAAUUAUACACGGGAAAUUUACAAAACUUGGAAUAUUAAGAGCUGCAUAAAAAACCAUAUUUUUUAAAAUUGUACAGCAGCAGGUAACAAAUAAACUCACACAUUUAACACACA